AUGGAUCGUUUCCGCGGCAAAGCGCUUCAGCCCUUCAAUGGUAGCCCCGUAAAAAGAGACCGAGAAGAUCUAUCGCACAUACGAAUCGAAAAUUGCGUUGGAUUUGUGCGCGUGCCGCUAGGAAUCGCAGGUCCAUUGCGUGUUACUGGGCCUGACCUCCAGCUUGAGCGGGCUUUUGCUCCUCUAGCAACCACCGAAGCUGCCCUGGUAGCGAGCUGCUCUCGAGGAUGUAAAGCAUUCAAUCUUUGCGGGGGUCUCCAGUUUGAUAUUCUCGGUAACAGCAUAUCUCGUGCUCCUGUAUUCGGCUUUGAGACACCGAAAGAGGCGAUCGCCUUUGCCAGGUUCGUUCCUGAAAUCCAGGAAGAAUUUGCAAAAUCUGCCGAAUCCACUAGUCGGCAUCUCCGUUUUCAGAACAUGGUCCCCCAUAUCAUUGGAUCUACCGUGCACUUGUUUAUCAGCUACCAUUGCGGCGAUGCUACUGGUCAAAACAUGGUCACUAUUGCAACACAACACGCCUGCGAUAAGCUAGUGGAGUAUUUGCAGGGAGGCCAGCACCGAGUGAAAUUUACUCGGAUCGAGGGUCAACUCUCCUCGGACAAGAAACCAUCCUGGGGCAACGUGAAACACGGUAGGGGAGUCGAGGUAAUUGCAUGGGGCUCUCUCUCAAAUGAAGUGUGCGAGAGCGUCCUGGGGUGCACCUCGGAGAUUUUGUAUACCCUUAUCAGAACUUUGAAGGAUGGAGGAAUCCGUAAUGGGCAAUUCGGAGACAAUCUCAACACAGCGAACAUCAUCGCUGCCAUCUUUAUCUCAACUGGGCAGGACGCUGGGAGCAUCGCUGAAGCAAGUUGGACCCAUCUCGUUCCUGAAUAUGACCACACAACAAAAGAUCUCCAAUUGUCAUUGUACUGUCCAUCAUUGCCAGUUGGAGUUGUCGGUGGUGGUACAGGUUAUGAAUCUCAGAAAGAGUGUCUGAAAAUGAUGGAUUGUGUCGGGCCUGGCAAGAAAGAGCAAUUGGCAGGACUGAUUGCUUCGUUUGCCCUUGCAUUGGAAAUCAGCACUGGUGCCGCUGUUGCGAGCAAUACAUUCUCAGAGAGCCAUCAACGACUCGCGCGGGGCGUGGAUUCUCUGCCUCGAUCAAAAAUUUGA